GAGGCGUCGUUCCUUCUCUUUCCUCUUGCAUUCGAGAGAGAGAAAAAACAAAAGAAGAAAGACAUGCAAAAAACGGUGGAGGAAAAAGCUCGUCGUCGAUAGAGAGAAGGCUCGAGAUCGUCUUGCGAACGCGCUUCUGUGAUCGGCACGCCAGCAACCCAUCUUUCUUUCGCCCUCGAGUUUCUUGAAUUUCCGGCAAAGGUCGAGUUUUGACACGUCCCCCCCGUCGGCGGAUCCCUUCUUUUGUGAGGCUCGUUGGAUCCACAUUUCCCGUGUUCAUCCAAGAUUUCGUGUGUUCUUGGUUCUUUUUUGCGUCGUUGGGACGGUCCCAAUCUUGAUCCUGAGUGAAUCGACGUAAAGGGGACGCGCCGCAACCCGUUGUGGGUCGAUGAACGGCAGGAGGAGGAGAGGAGGAGGAGGAGGAAGGAGGAGGAGAUAAGAGGCCAGUUGGGUUUUGCGUGGCUAGGGUGAUUCUUUUUUUACCUCCCGCCUUCUUGAAUGGCCAUCGAGACAACGUUGUGGGAAAAUUCAAAUUGGAUGAGAUGAGAAAAGGAGCGAGAGAAUGGAAACGUGAGAAGGAAUAGAUAUGAGACUCAAAAGCGGGUCGGUCGUUUUGGUGAUUUUGCUCUGUGCGCUGGCCACUGGGAGCUCGGAAGGCAAGAGAAAAGCUGCGCACGAACUUCUCGGAAAUGGAGGAGUCUCGCCGCCGCUGCCGACGAGCUUCCCCGAGACAGAGCAAGCAUGGAUUUACUGCGAGAAUGAACUGACGGCCAGGGCAGAGGUGAUUCAAGAUUUUGACAUAAACGUACUUCAGGAGGCGAUCAAGGGCCUUAGAUCAAUCAAAGGAAACAUGGACAAAGCCUCAGGAAUUCUGCCGCCCAAUGUGAAACGCAUGCUCCUGGAUUGCUUAAGAGAGAAGAAUCUCAGAGCACGCACUUCCAAUGGGGAGCCGAACUCGAGGAACUGGUCCAAGGAGUGCAUGGAGUUUCUUUUCUAUUGGCCAAAUAUUCCUCGGAGAAAUCUGGUAAGCAGGUCACAUCACCGGAUAACAUCGCCGGAUAUACUAGCAUCAGCUCCAUCAACAUCUCAACAUAAAAAUAUUGUGCCAAGUCCUGCUCCGGCUCCAUCUCCGAACCAAAAUGUAGGAAUAAGCCCUUCUCCAUAUUCUGCAACAGAAUCUCCAAGUCCCAGUCCAGCUCCAUCUGAUCUUGCUCCAACCAUUUCUCCAUCCCCAAAACCACAGGCGCCCGUGGAGCCACCAGAGGAGCCAUCUUCACCACCAGAUACGAGUGAGUCACCGGAGCAACCGCCAAGUAAUGAAAUUAUACCCAUCAGGGCACAUAUUGCUCCAAGCCAUUCACCUAACAAAACGAUCACCAGUGGAUGAAAAGCGCAAUAGCUGCUGGGUGUACAGCAGCUGCGACAUUUUUGGUUGUUGCGCUAAUCUUAUUAUUAUGCUGUUCCAAGGGCAGGAACAAGAAAGUUGAUCCCAGAGCAGGACAAAAAGAUGAUAGACCUCUUCUAAACUUGAGCUUGAGUGAUUACUCCACUGGUUCUUCCCAAAAAUCCUAUAGCAUUGGAAAUUCAAGCGGUAAACAACCGAGUUCUAAUAGUGGAAAGACCCCAUCAUUUGUGAGUCAUCUUUCCAUAGUAUCCGAACAUCAUGAUUCAUCGCAGCCUGAAGUAUCCUCCCUGGAAUCAAAUGGAGUAGUACCGCUUGCUCCAUUGAAGCCACCUCCUGGAAAAUCAGCGCCACCACCUCCUGGACCCCCACCGCCACCUCUUCUCCAUCCUCGGCCUCCACCACCUCCAAAGGGUGCUCGCCCUCCACCACUACCUUCUAAAGGAGCUUCACCUCUUAGACCAAACCAGCGGGAUGACCCCAAUGCAGAAUCUGAAGCCCCCAAAACCAAGUUGAAGCCAUUUUUUUGGGAUAAGGUCCUAGCAAAUUCUGAUCAGACAAUGGUCUGGCAUGAUAUCAAAUCUGGGUCCUUCCAGUUCAAUGAGGAGAUGAUGGAGUCAUUAUUUGGAUAUAGCACCGUGGAUAAGAACAAAACUGACCGUAAAAAAGAACCAUUAUCCCUGGAAACUCCUCAGUAUAUUCAAAUUAUUGAUACGAAAAAAGCGCAGAACCUCUCAAUUCUACUACGAGCACUUAAUGUGACAACAGAGGAAGUCUGCGAUGCCCUUCGAGAAGGUACCCAGCUUCCAGUGGAGCUUCUCCAGACUAUUCUAAAAAUGGCUCCAACAACAGAAGAGGAACUGAAACUUCGAUUGUUUAGUGGCGAAAUGUCUCAACUUGGCCCUGCAGAGAGGUUUUUGAAGGUCUUGGUUGACAUACCAUAUGCUCUCCAGCGAGUGGAAACACUACUUUUUAUGAACUCUGCUCAGGAAGAAGUAUCCAGUAUCAAAGAAUCCUUGGCAACUCUAGAGGUCGCCUGUGGUAAACUCAGAGAUAGCAGACUGUUUCUUAAACUCUUAGAAGCAGUCCUCAAAACCGGUAACCGCAUGAAUGAUGGGACGUAUAGAGGUGGUGCGCAGGCAUUUAGGCUUGACACACUUUUGAAAUUGUCUGAUGUCAGAGGAAAGGAUGGGAAAACCACCCUUUUGCAUUUUGUCGUUCAGGAGAUCAUCCGUUCUGAAGGAAUUCGGGCUGCUCGUUCUGCAAGCACGAGCCAAAGCAUAUCUAGUGUUAAGUCGGAAGAUCUCGUGGAUGAUUCAAACCAUGAUUCAGCAGAACAUUAUCGUGCUCUUGGGCUGCAGGUGGUUUCUGGAGUCAGCAACGAACUCGAAGACGUGAAAAAAGCUGCCGUAAUUGAUGCUGAUGGUUUAUCGGCUUCGGUAGCGAAGCUGGAGCGCUCACUUGCAAAGACUAAACAGUUCCUCAACACUGAGAUGAAUAGCAUGCAGGAAGAAAGCAAAUUCUGUGACUCACUCACCAGUUUUGUCGAGUGUAUAGAAGGUGAUGUCGCACGGAUAUUGGGGGAAGAAAAGAGGAUAAUGGCUUUGGUGGAAAGCACGGCAGCUUACUUCCAUGGAAGCGCAGGGAAAUCAGAAGGAUUACGGCUCUUUGUGAUUGUACGUGAUUUCUUGAUAAUGUUGGAUAAGGCCUGCAAAGAAGUGAGAGGCUCGGCGACGAAGACAGUUAAGACUUCCAGAACAGAGACGCCAACCGCAUCACCGUCCCGAGAAAACCAUCAGCCAUCACCUGAUAUCCGGCAGCGACUAUUUCCAGCAAUUUUAGACCGACAGAUGUAUGAUUCUAGUUCAGAUGAUGAGAGUCCAUUUCCGUAGUUUUAUAUUGGUUUGCUGGUCUUUAUUCAAUGAAAAGUUGGUGGAAUUCUAAGUAUAGUCGUCUUUUGCUUGUAAAAGAAAGCGAGUUGAACAGACAAUGCAUACUAAUGCUCUCAAACUCACCAAAACUGAUUCUAAUAGAGGCAGC